AUGCCUCAGCUAGCUCCCAAGGCCACUCGUCUCACCGACCUCCUCAGCCUCAAGGGCAAGGUCGUCGUCGUCACCGGCGCAUCCGGCCCCCGCGGCAUGGGCAUUGAAGCUGCCCGUGGGUGCGCCGAGAUGGGAGCUGCCGUUGCCAUUACCUACGCGUCACGCAAGGAGGGCGCCGAGAAGAAUGUUCAGGAGCUCGUCAAGGAAUACGGCGUCAAGGCUAAGGCCUACAAGUGCAAUGUCGCCGACUUUAACGACGUCGAGCGUUUCGUCAACGAGGUCAUCAAGGAAUUUGGCCAGAUUGACGCCUUCAUCGCCAAUGCUGGUGCAACGGCCGAUGCAGGCGUCAUUGACGGGUCCCACGAGGCCUGGGACAAGGUCAUCCAGGUGGACUUGAACUCGGUGGCCUACAGCGCCAAGGUCGUCGGCGCCCACUUCAAGAAGCGUGGCACCGGCUCCUUCAUCAUCACCGCCUCCAUGUCGGGCCAUAUCGCCAACUAUCCCCAAGAACAGACCUCGUACAACGUGGCCAAGGCUGGCUGCAUCCACUUGGCCCGCUCGCUCGCCAACGAGUGGCGCGACUUUGCCCGUGUCAACAGCAUCUCGCCGGGAUACAUCGACACGGGCCUAUCCGACUUCAUCGACCCCAAGACUCAGGAACUUUGGAGGAGCAUGAUCCCCAUGGGUCGCAAUGGGACCGCCGUUGAGCUCAAGGGAGCCUACGUUUACCUCGCCUCGGACGCCAGUACCUAUACAACCGGUAAUGACAUAGUCAUCGACGGUGGCUACACUUGUCGGUAG